AUGCCUGAUCAACCAAAGCCUAAGAUACUUCCAGAUCCUGCUGCAGAUAGGCUCCGUGCCCUGGAAAAGAAGAUCAAAGCCGUAGAAGGAAGCAAUAUCUUCGGUGCCUCGGCCAUGAACAUGCGCUUGGUAUCAAAUGUAGUCAUCCCGACUAAAUUUAAAACUCCUGAUUUCGAGAAAUACAAAGGACAGACUUGUCCAAGAAGUCACUUGGUAAUGUACUUCAGGAAAAUGGUUGCUCAUACCAAAAAUGACAAACUACUUGUACACUGUUUCCAAGACAGUCUGAGUGGAGCAUCUCUAAGAUGGUACAUGAGCUUAGAGCAAGGGAGGAUUCAAAGCUGGAAGGACUUGGCAGACGCAUUUCUUCGUCAGUACAAAUAUAACUUAGAUAUGGCACCUAAUCGAAUGCAAUUGCAAGGGAUGACUAUGAAUGAAAGCGAGUCAUUUAAAGAAUACGCCCAGCGGUGGAGAGAGUUGGCUGCUCAGGUAAAGCCACCAUUGUCUGAAAAGGAAAUGACCGAAAUAUUUGUAGACACCUUGAAGGACCCAUUCUUUGAUAGAUUGGUGAGUAGUGCAGCAUCUGACUUCGCACAUCUAGUCACAAUUGGAGAUCGCAUAGAGAAAGGGUUGAGGGAUGGAAAGAUUCCAGGAGCCGUGGCAGUCCCUAGCGCACCGAAAAAGUAUUCUGGAGGCUUUUCGAAGAAAAGAGAAGGUGAAACAAACGCUGUAUCCAGAAGCUACAAGGGGAAGCAAUAG